AUGAAUGCAGCAUUAUUCAAUGUGAUUGAAUAUUUUCAACACAAGCAACUAUCAUUCAAGGAAUAUUUUACACAUGAAUUUCUUGAUUCACUUGACAAAAAGGUUCAGGAUAACAAUUAUCUAUUGAACGAUGCCAUCAGUAAUGAAAUGUUCGAUAUACUAUCGAAAACAGCCACUCAAUGUCAAUUACCUAUCCGCAUUCUUAUAAAUCAUUUGAAACUGGCAAUUAUCGGUUUUGAUGAACGCACAAAUGAUUUUAAUGAUUUGCUGGAAGAAUACAUUACUCAUACUGAAGAUCCCACAUUAGCAGAUUUGAACAAGAAACUUGAUCCUUCAUGGGCUCUUACAAACAACGAAGUAGCUCUGUUCAAUGGUCUAUUUAGUCUUUAUUGUCAAAUACUUUUAUCAACGGAGAAAGAAAUCCCUGCAGUUCAGAUUCCCGUAGCAUCAUCAAGUGAACUACUUAAGCAACCAAGUAAAGUACCAACUUCAACAGAACAAUCAAUCGGCCUGGAAUGUGAAUCCAAGUUGAAAUGUGUCUGGAUUGAAUCCGACGUGGAAAAAUAUUAUGAAGCUUAUUGUAAUGCCAUCAGCCCAGCAACUAGUAUUCACUUCAAACCGGAUGAAUUCUUAGCUGAAACGUCCGAUGAUUGGGUAAACUGUCGAAUUUUUCUUUGUUUGAGCGUUAGAGCUGCACUUGAAAUUUUACCUAAAAUUCAUAGAAAAUUUGAACUCUAUCGAAUUUACGUUCUUGGCAAUGAUAAAAAAGAAGAACACCUAAUUCCGCAAAAUGAAGAAGCAUUCAGUAAAAGACUACUUUUCACAAGCGAUCAAGAUGUACUUGUUCGACAAUUAUCAUUGGAUAUCAUACAAACAUUCCAGGAAAUUGGCGAUCUUUAUUUGAACACACAUGCAUAUGGCGACGCUGAGAGAUGGUACCAAUCAGUAUUGGAUAAAAUAAAUGAGUAUGGUAGUUCCAAAGAAAAAAUUCUAGUACCCAUCAUUCAGCAAAAACUAUCAAAAUGUUCAAGAUAA